GUCGCUGGGCGGGGCGGGGCGUGUUGUUGUAUCCUGGAUGUGAAGGCUCUUUAAUCAGUCAGUCUUGGAUUAAACCUCGGAUAACGCCAUAAUCUCCGCAAAGGAUCCCUUCCCGCCGGCUGCUAGUGUUCGUUUUGUCCGUUAGCUAUCUUCUAUCGACAUGGGAAACUGUCUAACUGUGGGGCCGAACGAAGCGUUGGUGGUCUCCGGUGGCUGCUGUGGCUCUGACAUAAAGACCUACAUCGUGGGAGGCUGGUCCUGGGCUUGGUGGCUCAUCUCAGACGCCCAAAGGUUAAGUCUGGAGAUCAUGACUCUGCAGCCGCGCUGUGAGGACGUGGAGACGGCAGAGGGUGUAGCCAUCACCGUCACAGGUGUAGCUCAGGUCAAAGUCAUGACUGAGCAGGACUUACUGGCUGUCGCUUGCGAGCAGUUUCUCGGUAAAACAGUGAUGGAGAUCAAAGCCGUGCUUCUGCAGACUUUGGAGGGACAUCUGCGCUCCAUUCUAGGUACUUUGACCGUGGAGCAGAUCUAUCGGGACAGGGACCAGUUUGCUAAGCUGGUGAGGGACGUAGCGGCUCCAGAUGUGGGCAGGAUGGGCAUCGAGAUCCUGAGUUUCACUAUCAAGGAUGUGUACGAUAAACUGGACUACUUGAGCUCUCUCGGGAAGACCCAGAUCGCAGCCGUCCAGAGGGACGCGGACAUCGGGGUGGCUGAGGCAGAGAGGGAUGCUGGGAUACGGGAAGCAGAAUGUAAGAAGGAGAUGAUGGAUGUCAAAUUCCAGGCCGACACCAAGAUGGCCGACUCCAAACGAGAGCUGGAGCUGCAGAAAGCUUCGUUCAACCAAGAAAUCAACACUAAGAAAGCAGAGGCUCAGCUGGCCUACGAGCUGCAGGCAGCCAAGGAGCAGCAGAAGAUCCGACUGGAGGAGAUCGAGAUCCAGGUGGUGCAGAGGAAGAAGGAGAUCACCAUCGAGGAGAAGGAGAUCGACCGGAUGGACAAAGAGCUCAUCGCCAUCGUGAAGAGGCCCGCUGAGGCCGAGGCCUACAAAAUGCAGCAGCUGGCCGAGGGACACAAGUUGAAGACGGUGUUGAUUGCUCAGGCUGAGGCGGAGAAGAUCAGGAAGAUCGGUGAGGCGGAGGCUUCUUCCAUCGAAGCCGUGGGGAAGGCGGAGGCUGAGAAGAUGAGGCUGAAGGCGGAGGCUUACCAGCAGUACGGAGAUGCGGCUAAGACUGCUCUGGUCCUGGAGGCUCUGCCAAAGAUCGCUGGUAAAGUGGCAGCACCUUUAUCCAGAACCAAUGAGAUCGUCAUUCUGAGCGGGGAGCAGAACCGAGUGACCGGAGAGGUGAACCGCCUGCUGGCUGAACUUCCUGUCUCUGUCAACGCUCUCACUGGAGUGGAUUUGACGAAGCUCCCUUUGCUGCAGAAGAUUUCCAGUUCUUAAGCCUGAAAACCGAAGACUCCACAUGACUCCAGUCUCUGUUGUAUGCACUCUCAUAGACUGCCUUUAAUACACUUGAAGAUUUUUGUUGUUUUAUACGUAUACUCUGUAUAUGAAGUGAAUUUUGGAAACCUCUGGUGCCUUACUUUAUACAGGACCAGAAUAUCUGCAUGCACUGCUGCUCAUUUGAUGUUUUUUUUUGUUUGUUCAUGGGAAUAAUUUGUGUUUUAAUUUAUUUCUUGUAUUUAUUGGCUUGUUUGUAUGAAAUAUCAGUGAGGAGGAGACUUGUGAUUUACGACCUGCUGAUUCUCACCCAGGUUCUAUUUGUUUAUACUCUUACAUUCUGUGGUUGCUUUACACUGGAGCUCUGCUUUUUCAUACAAGAAUGCAGUUGUCACUUUUUGCACUGUGUUGCAGGCCUUUUAAGUUAAUUACCUCUUAAUUGUUAGACACAUCAGAAUCCUUUCUCUGUGCGGUACGUGUCGUAUUUUUACCAAUCAAACAUCGCUUUACGUCUCUGUAGUUGAUUUUCUGUGAAACAAAGGUGCUCUAAAUUGUGAAAGAAGCCCCUGUCAUUGUGCAAAUCUCAACCUUAAACUUUUCGUACUCUUUUUUUUUUUGUCGUCCCCGCUAAAAAGAGUUUCUAUCCUCCACAAACUGCUGAUAUCAAGCAUGAAGCAUUUUUAUUUUUGUUUAUACACUAACAGGAAAACGGGUAGCAAAAUUCUGAUCUCGUGCUGAUGUGGUUAGCUUGUAAUGUGGUCCUUUAAUAUAUUUAGUGUGGAUUUUAAUGUGAAAUAUUCAUAGUUUGGGCCUUUAUUAAGAGUGGGGAAAAAAUGGGUUGUGUUUUAAAAAAAGAGAAAAAAAAUCACAAGAAAUUGUAAAAAAAUGACUGGCUUAGAGCUGUAAGAAAUAUGUUUAUACUGUGGAAAACGAUUAAUGUGAAUAGAUUUAGUAGAUUUUGAAAAUGAAGGGUCAAACAGCGAUGCCAAAUAGAAUAGACGGUGUGUUGAUUUUUGCCGUAUCAGAAGGAAGAACUGAGGUUACCUGCAUCUGAACCACUGUUUAAUUUAACACUACGAUGACCUGUAGACACUAAGCCAUGUUCAACAGUGUGUCAGCAAACCAAACUUUUUAGGGAAACACACUUUCAGUUCCAUGUUUGUAUAUAUCUGCACUGAUUACUUUUAUUAACUGUGACAUCAGAUAUACGGUGAUGUUUUAGGAGAAUAACUUAUACAGUAAUGUUAUAUCUAUUUUAAACAGUGAUAUUGCUGUUUGUAAUUGUCACAAGGCUUUGUAGCUUCGGGGUCAAAUCUAGCGCUGCGGGAUGCAGAAUCCGUCCGAAAGGAACCGUAGAUUAUCGAGUUGAGCAGGUUGAACUCCGCCAUGAGAUAUAUUUCCAUCCACUUCCAUAAAACCGUCCUCUCAAUACUGUACAGAGCUGCACUCACCCGCUACACAUCUGGACUGACAGUGAGGAAACUCUUUGCUAGUUUGACUGAACAAACAGUCACUCUGAAUUUACUGACAGGAUUUACAGACAACUGUUAUUAGAAUUGCUGUUAAUGUUUGUUUCUGCGUGUCGAUCACUCGUCCUCAUUCUCUGUACACCGUUCGUCUCUAAUGGCUAUGAGUUCCUGUGUGCUCUUGCUGCAUGUCAUCCAUCUGUAUGCAGAAUAAUCUGCUCACUCUGAACUAACGGUCAUUCUAAUAAAUCAAAUUGCCAUAA